CCCACCUAGCCAUGCCCACAGGAAAAGGUAGGAAAAUGUUUGGAAUUUCCACCUAUCUAUCUCCGCCCUCCCUUCGCCAGUCACCACCACCCCGUUUCCCCUCCUUUAGCGGCCUGGCCCUAGCCCUACUUCUUCCCCCACCACUGCCUCUUUGUUCGGGCUGCUUACCUUCUGCGAUGGCUGGUCCAGAGUCCGGAAGGCAAGCUGACCAGAGUUUUCAGUGGCCCCCAGCCAGCCACCGCUGCUGGAAAGCGGCUGGCAAAGUAGCCUCCCAGCUGCCUCUUUGAGAGCUGCUUUGCAGGUGCAGUGGCUGGCUGCAGGCCACCGAAAAGUACCGGAGAUCACAGAAAAGGCUGCUGCCGUCAGCACUAUGUUCUUCGUGCAUGAAUAUCCCAUUGGGCUUGCAAGGCAAUGGGAUGCAUGUGUGCAAAGAACAUGACAACGAACAUGGCAGGCAGGGCGAGUGAACGGCAACUAUGGAACCAGUUCGAGGGUGUGUGGCCAGCUGGCCAUAGCUACUGGUUCGGCGACCUUGGCCAAAUUUCCGCCAACAGUUCACACAAACCGAUACCAACCAGCUGAAUACCAGCUCCUGGUACAAAUUCCUAAAAAGUAGAACAUCAAAAUGUAACAAACCUGGGAUCAACUGGGAACGUUCAGCAAAUGUUCAUAGAUAGUGAAGGCCCUUUUUCUGUGUAGACAUUUGGGGCAAAUUUCAGCUCGAUUCAGUAUGAUGCUUGGAAAGACAGUUUACCAUACAGGUAGUCUUCACCUUACGACCACAAUUGAGUCCAGAAUUUGUGUUGUUAAGCGAGAAAUUUGUUCAGUGAGUUUUGCCUCAUUUUACAACUUUUCUUACCGCAUUUGUUAAGUGAAUUACUGCAGUUGUUGAAUUAGUGACAAGUAUUGUUAAGUGAAUCUGGUUUCCCCAAUGACUUUGCUGAAGGUAAAUCAUAAGACCAUGGGGAUGCUGCAACAGUCGUAAAAGUGAAAAAUGGUCAUAAGUCACUUUUUUCAGUGAAGUUGUAACUUUGAACAUUCACUAAAUAAACCAUUGUAAGUCAAGGACUACCUGCAUUUAUAAGGCUGGUUUCAUAGUUCAUGAUCAAAUCAUUUUAAAGAGGCCUACAGAUUUGCUUGGGCGCGAGAAGCACCUUGGAAUUAACGUUUCGUGUUUCGCAGUGAUUUCCAGUGGUUUCUCAAGAUGAUUUAUUAGAAUAGAAUAGAAUAGAAUAGAAUAGAAUAGAAUAGAAUAGAAUAGAAUAGAAUAGAAUAGAAUAGAAUAGAAUUUUUAUUGGCCAAGUGUGAUUGGACACACAAGGAAUUUGUCUUGGUGCAUAUGGUCUCAGUGUACAUAAAAGAAAAGAUACGUUCAUCAAGGUACAACAUUUACAACACAAUUGAUGGUCAAUAUAUCAAUAUAAAUCAUAAGGAUUGCCGGCAACAAAGUUACAGUCAUACAGUCAUAAGUGGAAAGAGAUUGGUGAUGGGAACGAUGAGAAGAUUAAUAGUAGUGCAGAUUUAGUAAAUAGUUUGACAGUGUUGAUGGAAUUAUUUGUUUAGCAGAGCAGUUUUUUCGGGAAAAAACUGUUCUUGUGUCUAGUUGUUCUGGUGUGCAGUGCUCUAUAGCGUCGUUUUAAGGGUAGGAGUUGAAACAGUUUAUGUCCUGGAUGCAAGGGGUCUGUAAAUAUUUUCAUGGCCCUCUUCUUGAUUCGUCUUUAUUAAGUCUAGUUUAAUAUAUUCAAUCCAUGGAAUAAUGAAUUUUAAAUCUUUUAUCAAUUGUACAUUCUCCAUUUUAUUUACUAGUAUUUUAUUUACCAUCCACUAUGUCCUUUUUCUGCUGUCUUUUAUUGUGGUCUCUCAUUUUGUUUCUUAAAUUUUUUUUUAAUAAUUGGAAAAAAAAGUGUUUAAAAGCACAUAGACACAGACAAAUAACAAAAGAAUUGCGGAAAUCAGCAGAACCCAUUUAAAAAGCUAUUCUGGCAAAGGUCUAAAACUCAGCAGGAAUGACAGUUGCUUUACAUCUUUAGCAUCUCCCAUUAAAAAGGUCUCCAAUUGGGGUGCUGGCUGGCUACAAUUUCUGGAAAUCGCUAGCCAAAAUGAUUGACGCAGAAUCAAAGGCCAAUGAAGAAUGGGACAGAAUUAUUGGGGAAGCUGGUCUCCAAUUGUGCCCUGUCAUCUUACCCAUCCAAAUAAGGUAAAGCAAGAUAAGGAAAUGAAAAGAAAAUUGACAAACUCAAUGUGAGCUUUUAAUGAGUGUAGUCAUUAGACAUGGGCUGCAUGGCAUGCAUACUAAGCAGAUCCUGUAAAGAGAGGACCUUGGGGAAGAUAUGAAAAAGACAUUAAAGGAGGGGAAGAAGUCUUUAAGAAGGGAUUUGAAGAUGAGAUUACACCCUCCAGAGCAGUAUUUCUCAGUGGGGCAACUUUGAGGAUGUGUGGAAUUCUAGGAGUUGAAGUCCGCACAUCUUCAAGUUGUCAAGGUUGUGAAAUACUGGUCUAGAGAUUGAAGCGAGGGUAUGGAAUGUAAAAUAACUCUGCCUUGCGUAAGGACUGGAAGCCAUCUUUUGCAUGGGGUCUUCAGGCCUGCCACAUUUACUACUGUGGGAAAUUGGGAGGGGGGAUUUUAUGGGACAGGGGAGAUAUAUAGUCAUAAUAACAUUUCUUUCUCAGAGAUUCAAGGACAUCUUGCCCUGCACCUGGAGGGAUGCGACUGGGAGGCAUCUCCAGAUGGGACAGUGCCUUGAUUGGACCAUGUGAUGGACAUAGACAAGCUAAUAGGAUUCCUCCAAUCAUGAGUAACUGAGGUCUGCUGAUGCUGCAGAGAGCGUGUAGCCAGUGCCCACCUGCGUCAGGGAGCGGUAAUGUUGGAGCGUUCUGAACCCAUACAAAUGUCAGAAAACAAAAAAAUAGGUACCGUUAUGGAUUACCUUUCCCCCAUUCCUGAGGAAAAUAUAUGAUUCUUUCUUCAAGAAAGGCAGUCGACUGCUCAAAACCAUGAAGAUUCUCUCCAGCAGCAAGAGGCUAUGGAAAGAAUCGGCCCUUUUCAGAAGCCAGAAAAAGUCCUCAACCCUGCGCUUCCGUUGCAUUGUAGAUCCUGUGAAAGUGACUGUGAAAAUCGGCAACCCCCAUGAAUCCAAAGCCUUCUCCACUCAGCUGGGCAGGAAAAACAAGGCCUACUAUUCUGGGGAAUGGUCAAGCCACCAUGACACAGAUGACAAGAAAGCCAGUUGGCACAAGAACCACCAACACAUCCAGGACAGCCAAGGAAGCUCCCACCUGUCUGACCCCGAGACUCCCCAGCCGGCGUGUCCUGUGGGAUCGGUGGCUUCCUGGGUCCGUUUCAGCUUCAGCUCACCAGUACGCACCCCUGACACGGUAAACAGUUCAGCCAACUAUGGUGUUUUGGCAAGGAGCCACCAAAGGGCCACGGGCGAUAAGCUGCAGAGUUCGGAAGUGACAGGAGGUAGUUCCCACGGGCAGCGCUUCUUGACACGCUCGGUGGGCCUCAACACAGAUGGGCCUGCUCCCCACCACUUACCUCAGCCCCAUGAGCCCUUUCAUCAUCCAACCAGUGAGACCAAUUUCAUCCCCAGCCCAAUCUUACCUGGUCCCCGGCGGGUGCUGUAUUCUACCUUUGCUCCAGAUACGGCAUCUAGAACCCACCUUAAUGCUGAGGAAUAUGUCUACCCACAUUCUCCCAGAGGUCAUCAGCCCCGUCUUGGCCUAGAGUGGCAUCAGCACUUGCCAGCAGCACAGCAAGCAGAGGUCUAUGUCUAUCUGGUCAGUCCACCCCACCCCAGAGCAGAACACCGUCCUGAGCAACCCAACCAAGCAUUCCCAACCUCUCAGGCCAUCUCCAGGAAGGAAAUGCUGGAGAACAGAAUCUCCCUUAACCAGAGCAGGGGUGGCAGUAAUCAAGGCCCUGCCGUCCAAGGGGGCAGCGAUUCCAAUAAGCCACGCAAAAGCAUCUGGGAAAGGAAGCGGCAGAGAAGAUCACUGCAGCCAACCUCAGACCAUGAGAAGUUAGUAGGGACCAACGGUGGAGUUAACGUCGGGACCCAUGAGCCGUUUUCUCAUAGCCCAUCUCUCUUGGUUGAUAGAGGGAAGGAAAGUCUUGAUGCGACUCCACCCAACAUUGCCAGCUGAAGAUACCCAACGGUCCUUUUAGGCUCUGGAGAGCUGGCGGAAUUCUUGAGAAAGGAAGAAACAGCCUUUCCUGUUGCUUCCCUCAACACUUUGGCGUAUAUCUGGGGUCAUUAAA